AUAUAUGAAUGUACAGUGUAGACACUAAGUAGAUUAUAUUUUUCUGGCUUGUUUUUCAAUGCACUGCUGUCUUUUGGGAGGGAAUCUGUCAUGUCAACUAUAAUGACAGGGAAGGAGUGACUUUGUCUCACAAGAAAAAGUAUAGCGGGUAUUUGAAUGGAAACAGGUCUUCUUCUCUUGUGUGCCAGAUGCAGAAAUGUCUUGAACUUAAUGUGCAGCAUCUCAGGGUGACAUGUGGGAAUUCCCCAUGCAGUGUCACGCUGUGGUCUCCUCUGAAGCCUGGAGAUGACGGUAGCAGUUGAUAUUGUGUGUGUGAGAGGCUUGGGUGGGUCACGGCUCUCAACACCCACAGCCCUCCUAGGAGGGGGGACAUGAUCUGCGCUUCCAAUGCAGAUCACUUAUGGUGGAGCCGCCCGAUGCAGGCUUCUCACCAGAGCUGAGGGGUCUGUCUGUACUCAGGACCUACUGUGUACUUUUCAGAGCCAGACUGCUAUUUUUUAGGCAGAACCAUUAACUUCCUGAAAUUGUGGGGAAGUGGAAAAGAAGGAGCAAGUACCUGCAAGAGAAAAAAACUCCUGUGUAGCACAGACUGGUGGAACAGUUUCCACUAGUGUGUGAGUUAGAGAAUGGGGGGGGGGGAAUGUUUGAAUGGCUGAUUCCAGAGUCAGUGGAAACAUCACAUUACCUGCACCACAGCCGACUUCCUGUGUGAUUCUGAUGCCUGCAGUUCUUUCCUCCCAGCAGGCUCCAGCUAUGGACGUGUGUCUCAGCUCUGCGCAGCAGUCCCUGUGCCUGGGAGAGGCACCGAACUCCCCAGGUGGCUGGUUGGAGGAAGAGGAGGGGGCUCUCCAGGAAGAUGGCACCGGGGGACCCCCAGGAGACGCUCACAACAUAGAAUCGUCUCUUCGUAGCCUCCAGAAAUUCGUUCCGACAGAUUAUGCCAGCUACACUCAGGAGCAUUACCAGUUCGCCGGCAAGAAGAUCGUCAUCCAAGAGUCGAUAGAGAGCUACGGAGCGGUGGUGUGGCCAGCGGCUACAGCUUUGUGCCAGUAUUUGGAAGAACAUCAAGAGGAGUUGAAUCUCCAAGAUGCCAAAAUACUGGAAAUCGGUGCUGGACCAGGCCUUGUUUCCAUCGUGGCCAGUAUUCUAGGAGCUCAAGUCACAGCAACGGAUUUACCUGAUGUCCUGGGAAACCUUCAGUACAAUCUCUUAAAAAAUACCCUGAAAUGCACAGCACAUCUGCCUGAAGUGAAAGAACUGGUGUGGGGGCAAGACCUGGAGCAGAACUUCCCCAGGGCAGCCCAGCAUUACGACUAUGUCUUGGCCUCUGACGUGGUGUACCACCAUUACUUCCUGGACAAGCUGCUCCUCACCAUGGUGCACCUUUCCCAGCAGGGGACCGUGGUACUUUGGGCAAACAAGUUCAGGUUCAGCACAGAUUAUGAAUUCUUAGAUAAAUUCAAGCAGGUUUUUGAUACGACUCUCUUAGCUGAAUAUCCAGAGUCAACAGUCAAACUUUUUAAGGGGACGUUAAAAUGGGACUAAAUAAAACAACUUGUCUUUCAAAAUGUGUCUCUUUUGAAUCAUGUUAGAAGUGGCACAGGCAAUCGGACUCACAACUCAUGAACUUACAAGAUGUAACUUAAUACUAAAGCAACUUUAAAUAUAUUUCAGAUUAUUUGAAUAAUAAAAUAUCUACAGAGAAAAACAUAACAUGGAAGUAAUUUUGUUGACUUGCAAGAGUCUCAGUUUGUGUUCAAUGAGUCUGACAUGAGUAAGUUAAUGAACAAAGGGGUUUCUCCCUUAUUUCUGCUGUUGAGCUCAGGUUUUGCACUUGUCAAUAUACUUUUUCAUAUGCUUUUUGACACUGAGCUUGAAAAGGUCAUUAUAACAGUUUGAAGAAACUACUUAUACAGAUUUUAACUGUAGCAAAG